AUAAAGGAAGAAGCAAAUCUUCUGAACAGCGUCUCACACCCCUCAGAAAGAUUUAUCUCUUCAAACAUGGGAGGCCAGAAUUCCAAACCCCCCGAGUUCCUCUCAGUUUUGGCAAAUAAACAAGUGAAAGUAGGAGAGAAAAUCACCCUCCAGUGUAAAACAAACAUCGAAAAAUUAUCGGCCACCUGGAAGAAGAACGACCAGAAACUGAUGUGUGUGGAAGGAAAACACACCAUCAGAAACAUCGGCACAACGUUUAUACUGGAGAUCGAGAAUGCUGAGGAGACGGACGAAGGGAAAUAUACCCUGAUCCUGGAGCACGAGAAGGGCAGCGGCUCCUGCUCUGCUAUAGUCAUCGUCGAACUGAAUGAAUGGAGGAGAAUCGAUUGGGAACAGGAAAUGGUGAUCAGAGAGCUGAAGAGCUUUAAAAUCAGUACUGACUCAGUAAAAGAGCUUCGCUUUCUGCUCUGUGGACCAAUCGGAUCCGGGAAAUCCAGCGUCAUCAACUCCAUCAAAACUGUGUUUGAAAACCGUCAGUUCAUUAACUGCCUCGCGGCUUCAGAAGUUGGACAGAGCUUUUCUGAACAUUACAGAAGAUUUACUGUCGGUAGUGGGAAGUCUGGAUGUUUACCUUUUGCAUUCUAUGAUGUCAUGGGCCUGGAGGCAGGCGACUUGAAAGGGGUGCGAACUGAUGACAUCAUCAAGGCUUUGAAAGGCCACGUACCAGCUGAAUACAAAUUCCAUCCACUGUUUUCAAUCACUGAAGACAACAAGCACUAUAUCAGAAGUCCCAGCGUGAACGAUAAAAUUCACUGCUUGGUGAACGUAGUCCCGGCAGAUAAAAUCACCUUGGUGGACCAGAGAGUCAUCCAAAAAAUGGCUGACAUCAGAGAAGCAGCGAGUAGACUUAGAAUCCCGCAGCUGGUUCUCAUGACAAAAGUGGACAAAACGUGCCUGAUGACCAAAGCCGAUUUGAGCAAGAUCUACCGAAGCAGGAAGAUCAGGGAAAAAAUGCUGGAGUGCAGCGUGAGACUCGGCAUCCCCAUGAACUGCAUCUUCCCUAUAAAGAGCUAUCAUGACGAGACUCAGCUGGACCCAAAGAUAAACUGCCUGAUCCUGAAUGCAUUGAGACAGAUGAUACUCUCAGCUAAUGACUAUGUGGAGCCGUGUUCCGGAAAACUAAAAUAUGCAGACUAAUCUGUUCCUAUACAACAUUUUCCAGCAUAAUGUUUUCUGCUGUAGACAAUUUGGAACCUACGUCAAACACAGGAUGCUCCAAUUAUCUAUAUUAAAGCUACUGGUUCCUGACAUUUUCAGUUCUGAUUUGGACCACAUGCAAAAUCUGUAAUCACAUAUUCUAUAUUUGCUUUUCACAUCUGUAAUCAGAUGUGGAGAUCAUGCUGAAAAACUACAGUGUUUCUUUAAGCAGCAUUUACAAUAUGAUAUCACAGAUAUCUUAUUUUUUUUUUAUUUGCAGAGCAGAAAGAAUCAGCAAAAUAUAUUUUAAUUUCUAGUAGCAUUUUAUUUUUUAAAAUCCAGAUAUAUGAUAUUUUGCUCAAAUGUGCUUCUUUUGGGUUUAGUACCUAAAAGCUUAUUUUGUUUUUUUUCUUUGUUUUCUGCUAAAUGUGCUGUACCUUCAUUAACUAAUGUAUGCAUUUAAAUAAAAUAUAUUAUCUAUAUAUUAUGUAUAUUAUAUAUUAUUUUUACUGCAUUAGCCAGGUGUCUAGAAAACAUAUAAUCUCUAAAAAAUAUUAACAGCAUCAUUCUUCUAUUGGUGUCUAGGAGACACUCUAAGUGACAUGGCAAAAUGGUUUAUAUUUAUAUAAUUAUAUUGUUUGUAAAAUAAAUGUUACAUUUAAUUUUAAAUUGAAAUCAACAUGAAAGCUUUGUC